ACACGGGGGAGGGGGCUACGUGAGGCAUUUCCUCUCUAUGGGGUCCAGCUCUGUGCUCUGGAUCCUCCGCAGUCUGCAUCAGCAAAGUGUCUUCAUCAUCACUCCGGUGUUUCAGUCCGCCGUCAUGUGAGCGGUGAGCGGUGGUCCUCCUCCUCCACCUCCCCCUCCUCGUCCUCGACCCGGAUCCGGACCCUCCUCCGGUGGAUCUCAGCAAGUUGGUGUUGGUGCCGACGACGACGGUAGUCCCGGCGGGGUGUCCCCUCCCCUCCCUCCCCGGUUUACCCUGCACACCUCCGGGAGGAUGAGCGAGCAGGGGAAGGGCUCGUCCGGCGCUGCUGCUGCUGCCGCGGCGGCCCCGGCGGCUCCAGGGUCCGACACUUACAAAGGCUGGCUGUUUAAAUGGACCAACUAUCUGAAAGGGUACCAGCGGCGGUGGUUUGUCCUCAGCAAUGGCCCUUCCUACUACAGGACGCAGGCAGAGAUGGCCCACACAUGUCGGGGAACUAUCAACCUGGCCACAGCGCACAUAGACACAGAGGACGCCUGCAACAUCGUGCUGAGCAGCGGCGGCCGAACCUACCACCUGAAGGCCAGCACGGAGGUGGAGCGGCAGAGAUGGGUGACGGCGCUGGAGCUGGCAAAAGCUAAAGCCAUCCGCAUGAUGAACGAUCAGUCUGACGACUCCGGGGACGAGGAGCCUACGUCCCAGUCGGACCGCAGCGAGCUUCAAGGCACCUUGAAGAUACUCGUCAGCAAGCUCGACGACCUCAGCACAUGCAACGAUCUGAUCGCCAAGCACGGGGCGGCCCUGCAGCGCUCCCUCAGCGAGCUCGAGGGUCUGAAGGUCCCCGUGGAGGGAGGGGAGAAGAUCAAGGCGGUCAACGAGCGAGCCACCCUCUUCCGCAUCACUUCCAAUGCUAUGAUCAAUGCCUGUCGAGACUUCUUGGACCUAGCAGAGACUCACAGUAGGAGAUGGCAGCGGGCGCUGCAGUAUGAGCGAGAGCAGCGCACCCAUCUAGAGGAGACCAUUGAACAGCUAGCCAAGCAGCAUAACAGCCUGGAGCGAGCGUGGAGAGAAGCGCCGACGCUCGCUUCCACCACACCCAAAGCCCCUACCACCAACAAGGAAGGGAGUGAGAGGCUGCCCAAGGAAGAAGCGAGUGACGAUGAGGAUACUGAGUUCUUUGAUGCCAUGGAGGACUCCCCUGCAUUCAUCACAGUGACGGCCACUGAGAGCACACAGCACAGGAGAUCUCAGAGUAAUUUGAGCGGAGCGAGUGGAGGUCAGCCCAGUGACUGGAACCAGGACAACCAUAUGUCUCCGAGCUAUAACGACGUGUCGGGGAAGGAGCUGCAGCCUCGCAGACAGAGGCGGACUCAUGUCCCGGACAAACCCAACUACUCCCUCAACUUGUGGAGCAUCAUGAAGAACUGCAUCGGCAAGGAACUCUCCAAAAUCCCCAUGCCAGUAAACUUCAACGAGCCUCUGUCGAUGCUGCAGCGUCUCACCGAGGAUCUUGAGUAUCACGAGCUUCUAGACAAAGCGGCGCGCUGUGACUCCUCCCUGGAGCAGAUGUGCCUGGUCGCCGCCUUCUCCGUCUCUUCCUACUCCACCACGGUCCACCGGACAGCCAAGCCGUUCAACCCCCUCCUGGGCGAGACCUACGAGCUCGAUCGCCUGGAGGAGUACGGCUACCGCUCGCUGUGUGAGCAGGUGAGCCACCACCCCCCUGCAGCUGCACAUCAUGUGAUUUCCCAACGAGGCUGGACCCUGUGGCAGGAAAUCACCAUCGCCAGCAAGUUCCGUGGCAAAUACCUCUCCAUAAUGCCUCUGGGUGCCAUUCACCUGCAUUUCCACUCCAGCGGGAACCACUAUGUGUGGAGAAAGGUCACCUCCACAGUGCACAAUAUCAUCGUGGGCAAGCUGUGGAUUGACCAGUCGGGGGACAUUGAGAUUGUGAAUCACAGGACCAAGGAGACCUGCCAGCUCAAGUUCUCUCCCUACAGUUAUUUCUCCAGGGACGUUCCCCGCAAGGUGACAGGUGUGGUGGCGGACAGCGGCGGCCAUGCUCACUUCAUCCUCUCCGGUACGUGGGACGAUAAAAUAGAGAGUGCCAAGAUCGUUCAGAGCAGCAGAGGCGGCAGCGGAUCAGAGGGCAAGCAGAAGACCGUCUAUCAGACAUUGUCCCCCAAACUGCUGUGGAAGAAAUACCCUCUACCGGAGAACGCUGAGAACAUGUACUACUUCUCAGCGCUGGCCCUGACCCUGAACGAGCAGGAGGACGGAGUGGGACGGACCGACAGCCGGCUGAGACCGGACCAGAAGCUGAUGGAGGAAGGCCGAUGGGAUGAAGCAAACUCAGAGAAACAGAGGCUGGAGGAGAAGCAAAGAGCUGUGAGGAGGAGGAGGGAAGCAGAGGCUACAGACGCUCUGGAUGAAGGUAAAGAAUACGAAGGCUACCAGCCGCUGUGGUUUCACCAGAGGAGAGACUCGGUCACUGGAGAGACAAACUUUGUGUACAAGGGAGGUUACUGGGAGGCGAAGGAGAAAAAGGACUGGAGCAUGUGUCCUGACAUCUUCUAACCCAGGAACUCACCCCGGAUCCUUUCUAACCUCAGUGGACAGGGCGCCGCUCUGCCUCUACUCCUUUAAGCAAAACAGGGCGUAGCAGGCUGUGAGCACCUUGUGGACCUUUUUGUUUGAGCGCGAGAGUGUGUGUGUUUGACACGCUCUCGGAUUACACCGUACCUCCAAAUGUGCACUCUCGUUCUGUUUCUACUCCGGGGGGAAAAGAGUGGUUCCUCUUUGACGCGUUACUGAAACAGCAGUGAGAUCAUGUGUGGAUGUGAGGUGGUGCUCGAGUUGUAGCACCCACACAAUAAAAGGCACCUGCACACCCCUGAAAUCAGGUGCUUUUCUAAAUCCUACCCACAAUGCACUUUUCUGUAUUCAACCCAAUUUUAAAACUGAUUGGACAGAAACCCAUUUCAAAGCAGCUCCAGAUUAUUAACCGUCAAUAAACAGGGACAAAAUCAUAAAUGGACACAAAACAAAACAGUGUCCUCACGUCCUCGUUUUAUUUACCGCUACUGAGAUUAUGCACACUUUAUAAAUAUUAAACCAGACCCAUCUCUUCUUUGCAGAAAUCAUUGCAAAUGGUCAAUGGCUGCCCCGUUGAGAAAGAAGCCUGCUAAUGGUGUCCAGACAUUUAUGUCAGUUGCAUUAAAUCUAAAAGUCACGCUGAUCCAAAGUGUUUAAUAACAAAGACUUUCAGAAACAAAUAAGUGCUGCAACUACUGCAGAUAAUUAAUAUGACAGGACAAUAUGUUUUUAAUCUCAGCUUCUUUAUGGUUUGAUGUUAUUUCAUGCUGCUCAUCUUUUCCAUUCUUAAUUCCAAGUCCAUUUUUCUUCAUAUAUGUCGGUCUUUAACUACCAAGAGUGGUUUUGAGACGACUCUUUGAAGGUCUCAGUCUCGUCUGGGAAUUGAAAGCAUUUUUACUGGGUCUCUUGUCACGGUCUCAGACUGGACCGGUCAAGUCCACCACUGAAAGGCUAUUAAGUUGUUACUGGGAUUAGAAGGAAAACGUUUUUUUUUUCUAAAAUAAUUAAUAACUUUAAAUCAUUUGUAGUUUGAUUUGUAUCCCUGG